CGAGACAGAAAAUGGGAAUGGCCAAUUUCAACGGUUUGUGUGAUGGAAGUGAAGCUGAGCCAGAGAAAUAGAGCAGACCGUUUUUUUCUCUUCCCCAAGUUGCUCCCACAACCAACUCUCCCUUCUCUAACUCACCACAGAAAUUGGGCCAACACCAGAAAAUCAUUGAAGAAUCAAUUCAGAGCCAUUACUCUGAGAUGGAGGUUUCAACUUCAGGAUAUAUCCAAAAAUCAACUCUCCACCAAGCACCACCUUGUUCAUAUUGUAGAAGGGAGCGAGAGCUUGACUUUAAAUCCAAACCAGAAUGGAGAUCCUACACAUUCCAUUUCUGUAGCUAAUAAGAGGAUAAAGGACACGGAUCUAGAACAAAAGGGGCAGAAUAUCAAGAUUCAAAAUCCUCGAGCGAUUAGAGAUGUAUAUCAAUUAGAAGAGAAGCUUCAAAGUGCUUUGAAUGAACUUCGAAACUAUAAGAAGCUUUUUGCACUAGCCUCCUCUCAUCUACCUCCUGCUAGAACCACUAGUUUUAUAGUUUUGGUUCCUCUUAUAGUAUUUUGUGCCAGAUGCAUAAUUGGUGCCUCUUAUGCUAGAGUUUUUGGAACAUCGAGGCUUGAAACUGUUGAUAAACGAGAGGGAAAACAUCACAAGUUCAGAAGUGGGCACUGGAGAUCUGCUCUUCGUGAUAUAAGGGAAUUGGAUGGUUUGGACUGUGAGUCCCCCAUAGAUUCUAUGGGGUAAUACUUGGAGCAGAGAUAAUACUUGGAAUAUGUAAUAUGAUAAUACUGCCAAAAUGGUAAACUAUCUUCAGAUAACAACAUUGGAUUUCCACAUGGGUGGGGUGACCACGGACCACUAGACUAAGAUGGGAACAAGGCAGAGAUAUGUUACUGAGACUGGGUUUAAAAUGGCUAAAAGUACUAUAAAAAUGCUCACAAAAAAACUUAUCACAACCUUACUUGAACAAAAUAGACAAGAACCAAACCAUUGUGGAUGAACCACUGCCUUGUGGCUAGAGCAUGAUUGACGGUUGAAUCGACCAUGGUCGUGCGGCUGUAGAAAAUCGUUAACUUGGCUAUAAUCUUGCUCUGUCGUUCCAGAUUAGAGAGGGAAAGAGAGAGAUGCACAUAUUAGCUUGAUUCUAGUUUUGAGAAUCAUCAUUUGUCUUCUAGUCUCCAUUCCAACCAAAAGUUCACAAUUUGGUAAUAGUUUAUGGUUUCUGUU